CAAUUGCCGAUAUUGAAUGAAAAUCUUCAAUUAAAUAAUCUAAACCGUGUCGCUUAAAAGUGUCAACACUACAACAUGUUGGCCAAAAUUCUAAAAGAUGUCUACGAAUUAAUAGACAAAUAUAAUCUUAAUAUAAUAAAUACAAUUUUUAUUGGCUUUACUAUAAUAAUAGUAAUAUUUGGAAGUCUUAUGAAUCUGGUGGAACCUAUGCUACCAACAUUUAUUAAACAAUCAUUUCGGUAUGGCAAACAUUGUCACAAGGGAGCGGAAGAUAAGUUAGUAUCAAAAAUGGAAGUACCAAAAUCAUGGUUUGCGCACUUUUAUGUGUUCGCCUUUAGCUGGUCCAUGUUGGCCUUAUACUUGGUACUUAAGGGUAUAAUAAUGCACAGUGUAGCGCCGGAAUAUGUUUUAGAGUUUUUGGAUUUUGUGGCCGGAGGUGCUGCUAAUCGUAAGGUCUUGGUAGACUCCAAUAGUGCAUUGGUAGCCAUCGUAUUGAUGACAUUACAGUGUGCCAGACGUUUCUAUGAAACCAACUUUGUGCAAAUAUUUUCCAAGAAGAGUAAAAUUAAUUUGUCUCACUAUAUGGUGGGUUAUUUGCAUUAUUUUGCUGCCAUAUUGGCUUUGCUCACUAACACCGAAGGUUUUGUCAGAGGUUCAGCUCCGUCUUCCUUCAGCUUUAGCAAAAUUUCAAUAGUGCAAUACAUUUGCAUUUUCCUGUUCCACUUCAGUUGGUCCCAACAGUACAAAUCUAACAUGAUUCUAGUCAAUUUACGCAAAGAUGCAAAAACCGGUCAAGUGGCUACAGAAAAACACCUCUUGCCUUCAGGUGGCUUCUUCAAUUUCAUUUCUUCGCCUCAUAUGUUCUUCGAAAUUAUGAUGUAUGUUGUUUUAUGGGGUCUUUUAAGCCAGAGUUUUACUUGGAAAUUGGUAGUUUUAUGGGUACUAAGUAAUCAGAUCAUGAAUGCUUUGUUAACGCACAAAUGGUAUAAGGAAAACUUUAAAAAUUAUCCAAAAUUUAGAAAAGCAUUAAUACCUUUUAUUUUGUAAAGGAAACUAUAUAUUGAUAAUAUAAUUUUAUCGAAAUCAUAUCACAUUCUAUUUAAAAUUAAACAAUGUAACUUAUUUAUUUAAAUAUAAUUUUGAGAUUAAAGCAAA